AUGCCACAGUACGGUUGCUGGAAGUACCAGCAUUUCAACGGACGCCCGAAUGGGUCGAAACAGAUUUCCGCCAUAUCGACAACUCGAAACUCCAAAGAUCUGAGUCUGUUGACUAUAUUCGGAGCGAACUGCUACAGUUCUCAGCGGGCAGAAAUAUUGGCUGCCGUACCUGGGCCCUGCAAAUUCCCUCAAGCCAAGCGUGCUGGCAAGAUCGUUGGGAGAUCUCACGCCGCUACAAAGGUCUCGGUGUCGCAUUUUAACCGUACAUGUAACAGCUACCAACAGACCAAGUUCAAUGGAAAGCUCCUCUCAGAGCUGGCCGCUGAGACAUCACGGCGACAAAUUGAUUUUUAUCAGGAUCGGGUAGCAAUGAAGCAAUGUCUUCACGUGUCUUGCGUGCCUGCGCCACCUCCCAGUCAGUCCUCACCUUAUUUCCAAGGCGAAAUGGGCCAAGUCCAUCGAAACAUUCCCUUUGAUCUACGAGGCUCUGACCUGAACCUACCACCAGUUGAAAACUUCAAUCUCAGGUUCUUCGACAACCUUGUCGAUGUGAUUCGAGCUUCUCAUAGCGCUGGAACUUCCUCAGAGUACGAUGUGCGAUUCCUGGAUUUUGGUUCCUUCACUCCCUCAAGCAUCCUUGUGCUUGGGAUCCGUGAGGCGUCAGUCAACAUCCAGAAAUUCGUCAAAGACUUUACAGUCAUAUUUCUACAGACUCCUUUCGCGGAUUCUCUCCCACCUCUUGGCGACUACGCUGAGGUCAUGAAGGUCGACCACCUUGGCCCUCAUAAACGCCCCUAUAGAACCCGCUCAUACUGGUCUCCCUACUCGCAGAGUUCUGGCGACGAGGACGCUCUGGAGUCUCAGCCUGUUACACCCACCAGUGUCAAGAACCAUAUCAAUAUGGCUGCCCCAGGAUAUGCCCAAUUCAUCAAGAAGACGAUGGAUGCUGAUCCGGAUAUAGUGACCAAGGCUGUAGCGAGACAAUUUGCUGAGCUUAUUGAAGCUCCACUGGGAGAACUGGCGAAGACACCGCUAACGAACAAUUCAACCCAGAAAGCAUCACACAGCGAAGCUUCACCAUCGACAAGACGAGAGACAGACCGCAAGUACGACUUCGAAAGGAUCACCUCGAAAGCUAUUCCUUCGUCAAUCUACCUCAAUAUGACCCGACUGAUGGGCCAGGACUUGCAGCACGCUUGCAAUGCAGCGAUAAAGGAAGUUGAGGACAAGGUCGAAAGAGACAGCUCGGCUGUAUUCUGUUAA